UAUGAAUUAAGUAAAUUAGGUCCUUUAAAAACCUUAAAUGUAAUUUUAGAUUAAAAUUGUAGAGAUAAAAAGGUCUUUGAUACUACAAGUUAUGCCCUUCCAAAAAGUGAUGAAAUAAUGACUAGGUUAUCUGAGAAUUUCUCAAAAUUUGGAGCUACUUAUAGUUAAUUUACAAUUGCUAUAGUUAUUUUAGGAGGAUUAACAAAUUUAGUAUUUUUAAUAAGUGUAGGAUUAAGCAUUGCCUUGUAAAAAUUCUAUUUUUUAUACUUAGUUGGUACACUGUUUUAAAAAAUGAUGAUUUUCUAGAUUAUAUUCCAAAUUUCGGAAUCCUAACAUCAGAUAAAAAAAAGGUUCUAUUGUUUUUAGGUAAUAUUUAUAAUUAUUAAUAUUUUUUAGUGAAUGUUCUUGUUUUGUAUAUGUUUUGUGGAGAUUCCAUAUUUACUUAUAUAGGGGUUGGGUAAGAAUAUAAUAUAAAAUUAGUUUCCUUAUAUCAUUUCUACAUUCAUUCUUGUUUGUAUCACCAUCAACUGGAGCUUUAAUUGAUGGCUAAAAUCAUCAACAAACUAAUUAAGAUUAAACCUAGUAUGUUAAUUUUAGUAAUAACAAUAAUAUUGAAUUAUAAUAUAAAUGACGAUCCGCA